AUGCCAGCUCAGCGGAACGACUAUCCCCGCCUCUCCCCCAGAACCCUCUCCAUCCCCGCCUCGCGCGUCCGCAAAUCCUGGAAACCCCUCCCCACCAACACGCAAGACCGCAUCAAGACCCUCCUCCUCGCCAUACAGUCCGAGCCACUCGCCUCGCUACAAGACGAAGGACCGGCUCACAAGAGGCGCCGCGGAAAUGCUACCUGGAAACUACCCUCUACGGUGGAAGACGAUGACUACACCACCGCGACCACCAAACUUAUCACGAAUUUGACCAAGGCGGUUCCGAAAAUGACGUUCCCUCCACCACGAUCCUCCUCGGCCCGCAACAGCCGCAAAACCUCGUCAAUAGCCCAACAGCAACCCUCAGACAUCGACUUCUCCCUAGAAGCAACCCUCAACCGCACUCAAACCCUCCAGCACCAACUUACACAAGCAACACAAUCCGCAAAGCUGCUGCGCAUGCAGAUCCGGCGUGAGGAGGCUGACCUCAGACGCGAUCGGGCGGAGCUGAGCACGUUGGAGACGAACUCGCGUGCAGCGGAGACGGAGGGGCGGAGGCAGGAGCGUGAGGGACGUGUUCACCCACUCGCUCGCGAUGUCGACGACGAGGAGAGCAAGGCAGAAAAUACGGAUGACGACAACGAUGAAGGGAUUCACGCACAAGCGAACACAGCGCGGUCACGCACGAAAGAUGCGAUCGAUGGGUCGGAACUAUUGUUGGGGAGCGAGGAGGUCGAAGCGGACGCAGACCUACAAGCUCUGACGAAAGGACUCCGCACCCACCUAGCGAGCAUGCGCACCAACACGCAGAGUCUGGGCCGUGUGCGCAAAGAGCUGCGACGGGCGAAGCGCGAGGUCGUUUUGUGGGGCUUGAGAGAGGGUGUCGCCGUCUGA